AUGAUGCUGGAUGUGUCUUCAGAUCACGUGCUGGAGGCUCUGCUGAACACAGCGGUCGAUGUGGACUCUCUGGAGCCGGACUCGGUUCUGGAGGAGAAGUGGAUCAAGGAGGUGGUGACCCGCUCAGGGAUGAAGUUCAGGUGGGCCAAACUGAGCGAGAGCCGAGAGAGACCCAACAGGGACGUCCACAGGAGACCUCCAGCUGACCCGUCACGCCUGGUGCCGCGACCCCCCGUGGUCACCAUCAUGGGUCACGUGGAUCACGGAAAGACCACGCUGCUCGACAGCCUGAGGAAGAGCCAGAUCGUCUCCACAGAAGCCGGAGGCAUCACACAACACAUCGGAGCAUUCCUGGGUAAU